AUGCCUAUUCUGAAGCCCCUCGCGGGUAACCCGAACGGCCCCCAACAAUACAAGCAGCCGUCGAGAAAGGGAAAGAAGGCAUGGCGCAAGAAUGUCGACGUUUCGGAUAUCGAGAAGGGACUUGACCAAGUCAACGAGCAGAUCAUCGUCACAGGUGGAGUCAUUGCCGAGAAGGAAUCGGAGGAUCUUUUUAUGCUCGAUGUUGUUGGAGACUCUGCACUCCCGAAGAGGUUCCCGAAGAUUGUCUCGAAGGGACUCAGAGCGGACGAGAUUAUAGCACAGCGGUCGGCUGUCCCGGCUGUUUCUAUGCGCAAGCGGCCAGAGAACAAAACUACCGACGGCAUAAUCGCCGCCAAGCGCCAAAGGACGAAUUAUGUCGACCAGAAGGAACUCAGGAGGCUGAAGAAGGUGGCCGAUGGGCAGCACGAGUCAACUGUGGCCAUCAUUGAUGCAGACUACGACAUGUGGGAUACCCCAGCGGAUGACCCGGUGGCGGUGGAGAAGUUCAGCUUCUUGUCAAAGGUCGAAAAGGCCAAAGCUCCCAAGACCAUGCACGAGCAGCCUCUUACGUUAGCGGCGAACGGCAAGUCUAUGCCGGCAGUCCCUAAGCCAAAAGGUGCUCACAGCUACAACCCCGUUUUUGCCGACUACCAGGACCUCUUGCUAGAGGAGGGUACCAAGGCCGUAGACGCGGAGCGCAAGCGCUUGGCAGCGAUUGACGCCGAGCAGGCCAAGAUGGAGGCUGCGGCGCGUUCUGCAGCCGAAGCGGAGGCCGCGGAAGCGCGGGCAAAUCUCUCCGAGUGGGAAGAAGACUCGGAGUGGGACGGGUUUGAGAGUGGGGGAGAGGAGCUCAGCUCCAAGGCCAAGAGGCCGCAACGCAAGACACAAGUGCAGCGGAACAAGAUCAAGCGCCGCAAGGAGGAGGAGCGAAGGGUGAAGCUCGAAGCAGCCUUGAAGAAGAAAAACGCACAAGUCGAGCGCAUCAAGCAACUGGCCGAAGAGGUUGCGCUGGAGCACCAGGCCAUGGAGGUAGAGAAGAUCGAGAUGAGCGACGACAGCGAAGACGGCAACGACGUCGAGCUGCGGCACAGGCAGCUCGGGAAACUCAGACUUCCGGAGAAAGAUCUGGAACUUGUUCUACCCGAUGAGCUUCAGGACUCGUUGAGGCUGCUGAAGCCUGAAGGCAACCUUCUCAAGGACAGGUAUCGCAGCAUGCUGGUCCGGGGCAAGAUGGAGGCCCGUAGGCACAAUCCGUUCAAGAAACAGGCCAAGACGAAGAUCACGGAGAAAUGGACCUAUAAGGAUUUUGUAUUAGGAUAA